UCUGUCUCAUGGGAGAUAGAGAUGAUUCUCAUCGUCAUCGUGAUCGUGAUCAGGAUCACGAGCGUCCUCGUCCGGCGACGGAUCUUUAUGGCAUUAUUGGCAAGUCAUGCAAAGCAUACAAAUCUCUUGUCAAUAAAUGGUACUCUGAUCAUAAACAUUCUCCAAAGAACAACCAAGACGAUCGCAAGUUUAAGGAUGAUGAUUCAGAUCAGACAUCCACUAAAAAGGUGAAAGAAGAGAAAUCGAAAAAAGGGGAGAAACCUUCAAAAAGAGAAAAGAAAGAGAGCCUAAGCGCGGAUGAAACCGUAUUUUCUCGCCAAUUUUCACUUCAAGCGAAGGGUUCGAGUAGAAGGAGUCACACACCUACGCCUGAACCGACCUACUUGUCAAAGAAUUCGAGCCGAUCAUCAAGCAGUCCCUCCAAACCCUCGCUUUUGAGAACCUUAAGUCGAAAUAGCCGAAGCGAAGACGAAAUGUCACAACUACAACAAGAAAAACAACAACGAAAGACAAGUGCUAGCGUCAGUCGAGCUUCCACUCUUUUGAGAAGUACGAGUCAGAAAGGCACAUCAGAAACAGAAAACCGCUCGACAAGUACGAGUCGGAAAGGUACAUCAGAAACAAAACACCGUUCCAGAAGUGCGAGUCGAAAAGGUACAUCAGAAACAGAAAACCGUUCUAGAAGUACAAGUCGGAGUCGUCCCACUCCUCUUGUAUUCUCUCAAUCCAUGACUCGGAGAAAACCUCAGCCGGUCGAGAAAACACUCGAAUGCACCUUGGAAGAGCUUUGCUUUGGAGCGGUAAAGAGGAUCAACAUAGUCAAAGAUGUCAUCUCCGAGGAAGGAAUAAUCGUGAGACAAGAGGACACGCAAACAAUAAAAAUAAAGCCAGGAUGGACAAAAGGAACAAAGGUUAUCUUCGAAGGCAAAGGCGACGAAAAACCUGGAUAUCUUCCAGCAGAUAUCAAAUUCACGAUACAAGAACAGCGGCAUCACUUGUUCAAAAGAACGGGAGAUGACUUGGAGAUAGUAGUUGAGAUCCCAUUGGUGAAGGCCUUAACAGGUUGUCACCUUGCAGUCCCUUUGCUUGGAGGGGAAACAAUGAGUAUAUAUGUUAGUGACAUCGUAUAUCCAGGGUAUUUAAAGGUGAUUCAAGGCCAAGGGAUGCCUAAGGCCAAAGAAGGCAAUCGAGGUGAUCUCCGAAUCACAUUUCUAGUCAAGUUCCCACUGAGUCUCACCGACAAACAGCGGUCGGAAGCGUGCAGUAUAUUGGAAGGUUGUUCUUGUUAGGUAUCACUAGAUG